CCGCGCCGCGCCCCGGAGCCCGCGCGCCCGGAAAGAGAAUGCACUCGCCCGUGGACCCCAGCGCCAAGCAGGCUCUGAGGAAAAAGCCCCCCGAGAGGACCCCGGAGGAUCUAAAUACUAUUUAUUCUUAUCUUCACGGGAUGGAGAUUUUAUCAAAUCUCAGGGAACAUCAGCUAAGGUUAAUAUCUGCAAGAGCACGGUAUGAAAGAUAUAAUGGGAAUCAAAUUCUUUUUUGCUCUGAAACCAUUGCCAGAUGUUGGUAUAUUCUUCUUUCUGGAUCUGUAUUUAUGAACGACUCUGUAAUUUUCGCUCCUCAAAGUUUUGGUAAACAGUUUGGAGGAAAAAGAGGAUAUGACUGUAUUGUAUUAGAACCUUCAGAAAUGAUUGUGGUAGAGAAUUCCAAAGAUAAUGAAGAAGAUCUCCUCCAAAGAGAAAUUGCUGGAAGACAGUCUCGAAGAAGGUUUAGGAAAAUUAACCACAGGGGAGAACGACAGACUAUCACUGACAAUGUGGAUGCUAAUAGUUAUCUUACUCUUCCAGCAGACCUUAACAAGUUGCACCUUACAGAAAACCCUCAUCCACAGGUGACCCACGUCCCUUCUAGCCAGUCUGGAUGUAGCAUUGCCAGUGACUCAGGGAGCAGCAGUUUAUCUGAUAUCUACCAGGCUACAGAAAGUGAGAUAGGAGAUGUAGAUUUGACAGGUCUCCCUGAAGCACCUGUUGAUUCUGAGGAUGAAGAAGAGGAAGAUGAAGAUAUUGAUCGAACAGCUGAUCCGUUGCUAGGGAGAGACCUAGUCCGAGAAUGUCUUGAAAAGGAGCCUGCAGAUAAAACUGAUGAUGACAUUGAGCAAUUACUGGAAAUUAUGCAUCAGCUCCCUGCCUUUGCAAAUAUGACCAUGUCUGUAAGAAGAGAACUUUGCUCAGUUAUGAUCUUUGAAGUGGUAGACCAGGCUGGAGCUGUCAUUCUUGCAGAUGGGCAAGAACUUGAUUCAUGGUAUGUCAUUUUAAAUGGAACUGUAGAAAUCAGUUAUCCAGAUGGAAAAAGUGAAAGCCUGUGUAUGGGAAAUAGCUUUGGAAUUGUUCCUACUCUGGAUAAGCAGUACAUGAAUGGAGUUGUCAGAACCAAAGUAGAUGACUGUCAGUUUGUAUGCAUAGCUCAGCAGGACUAUUGGAGAAUCUUGAAUCAUGUAGAAAAAAAUACCCACAAAGUUGAAGAAGAAGGAGAAAUUGUUAUGGUACAAGAGCACAGAGAGCUGGAUCGUAGCGGAACUCGAAAAGGGCAUAUUGUCAUCAAGGCAACACCUGAACGGCUCAUCAUGCAUUUAAUAGAAGAACAUUCAGUUGUGGACCCAACUUACAUAGAAGAUUUUCUGUUGACAUAUAGGACAUUUCUUGAAAGCCCCUUAGAAGUUGGGAAUAAGCUAUUGGAAUGGUUCAAACUUGACAGUUUAAGAGACAAGGUUACACGAGUAGUGCUUUUAUGGGUAAAUAAUCAUUUCAAUGAUUUUGAAGGAGACCCUGCUAUGACUGGAUUUCUAGAAGAAUUUGAAAAAAAUCUAGAAGAUACUAAAAUGAAGGGACAUCUCCGUUUAUUAAAUAUUGCCUGUGCUGCAAAGGCUAAAUGGAGGCAAAUUAUUUUGCAGAAGACUUCCCGGGAAUCACCACUUUUUUUCAGUCUCACUGGAGGAAGUGAAGGGUUUGGUAUUUUUGUGGAAGGAGUAGAACCAGGCAGCAAAGCUGCUGAAGCUGGACUUAAACGUGGUGACCAGGUAAUGGAAGUUAAUGGACAAAAUUUUGAGAACAUUACAUUGGGGAAGGCUCUUGAAAUAUUAAAGAAUAAUACUCAUCUCUCUCUGACUAUAAAGACCAACAUCUUUGUGUUUAAAGAGCUAAUUAGUAGGACAAAGCAAGACAAAAAUGGUGUUCCUCAUAUUCCCAAAAUUGCUGAGAAGAAAAGUAAUCGCUAUUCUAUCCCCGAUAUGCCUGGAGAUAUGGAACAGAUGUUUCCACAGGAGAAAGGAAAUAAAAAAAUUAAAGCAAACACCGUUUCAGGUGGAAGAAACAAAAUAAGGAAAAUUUUGGAUAAAACACGAUUCAGCAUCUUGCCUCCAAAGUUAUUCAGCGAUGGCAAUGUGAGCCAGUCACAGGAUGACAGUGUCCUUGGAACAAGGCAUUGUAGGCAUAGUCUAGCUAUAAUGCCUAUUCCUGGAACGCUAUCCUCGAGUAGCCCUGAUCUCCUGCAGCCUACAACUAGCAUGUUGGAUUUUUCAAAUCCAACAGCUGUUGGUUUUUACUAUAUUCCGGAUCAAGUUAUAAGAGUUUUUAAAGCAGAUCAACAAAGCUGCUACAUUAUCAUCAGUAAGGACACCACAGCCAAAGAAGUCGUUUCCCAUGCAGUACACGAGUUCAGCUUGACAGGUGCCCCUGAGACAUAUUCCCUCUGUGAGGUUUCUGUUAGUCCAGAAGGUGUUAUAAAGCAGAGAAGACUUCCAGACCAAUUUUCCAAAUUAGCAGAUAGAAUUCAACUAAAUGGAAGAUAUUAUCUGAAAAAUAACAUGGAAACAGAAACCUUGUGCUCGGACGAAGAUGCCCAGGAAUUACUUAGGGAAAGUCAAAUAACCUUACUGCAACUUAGUACCAUCGAGGUAGCAACCCAGCUAUCCAUGAGGGACUUUGAACUAUUUCGAAAUAUUGAGCCUACUGAAUACAUAGAUGACCUUUUUAAGUUGAACUCCAAAACAGGGAAUGUUCACUUGAAAGAAUUUGAGAACAUUAUAAACCAAGAAACAUUCUGGGUUGCAACGGAAAUUUUGACAGAAUCAAAUCAGCUCAAAAGGAUGAAGAUUAUUAAACAUUUUAUUAAAAUUGCUCUUCACUGUCGAGAGUGCAAGAACUUCAAUUCCAUGUUUGCAGUAAUAAGUGGUCUGAACCUUGCAUCUGUUGCAAGACUCAGAGGUACUUGGGAGAAACUGCCAAGCAAAUAUGAAAAACACCUUCGAGAUCUUCAAGACCUUUUUGAUCCAUCUAGAAACAUGGCGAAGUAUCGAAAUAUUCUUAGUAGUCAAAGCAUGCAACCUCCAAUUAUUCCACUCUUUCCAGUUGUCAAGAAGGAUAUUACAUUUCUACAUGAAGGAAAUGAUUCCAAGGUAGAUGGCUUAGUAAACUUUGAGAAACUAAGAAUGAUUGCCAAAGAAAUCCGUCAAGUUGUCCGAAUGACUUCUGCUAACAUGGAUCCAGCUGUAAUGUUCCGACAAAGGAAGAAGAGGUGGAGGAGUUUGGGGUCAUUGAGUCAGGGCAGCACAAAUUCAAACAUGCUGGACGUUCAGGGAGGUGCUCACAAAAAACGGGCCCGCCGAAGCUCACUGCUGAAUGCCAAGAAGUUGUAUGAGGAUGCUCAGAUGGCCAGGAAAGUGAAGCAGUAUCUCGCCAACCUUAACGUGGAAACCGAUGAGGAAAAGUUCCAGAUGAUGUCCCUACAGUGGGAGCCUGCAUAUAAUACUUUGACCAAGAAUUUAAGUGAAAGACGGUCAACAAAAUCAUCAGAAAUGUCUCCAGUACCCUUGAGGUCAGUUGGUCAAAUCACAAAAGCCCAUCUGCAUCAGCCAAACAGAGUGAGCCAAGUACUUCAAGUUCCUGCUGUUAAUUUGUACCCUAUCAGGAAAAAGGGUCCAACAAAAGACCACAUUGCAUUUGGUACAAGUGCAUCACAGAAAAUGUUAGGAAUGUCUGAAGAAGUGAGUGGUAAGAAACUAGCAGAAGAUACUUUAUCAAUGGCAUCAUCUUUGCAUUCUAGCCCUCCUGCAUCUCCUCAAGGUUCCCCUCGCAAAGUUGGCAAUAUCAGAUCUGACCAUGACAGCCAGCUGCACCUUUAUGAGUCCUCCUCAUGCCUUACCAGUGAGACCAGCACCAAGACCAGUGGCCCUCGAAACUGCGGAAUAGGUUAUACCCAUAUGCCAUCAGCUAAAUCCGAAAACUUCUCAGACUCAAGCCAUAGUGAGAUUUCAUCAAGGUCCAGCAUCGUGAGUAAUUGUUCUGUUGACUCAAUGUCUGCAGCUCUACAGGAGGAUCGAUGCUUACCCCAGUCUCUUAGCGGCAUGGAUUCGGUUGGAGCAGUAGAAAGAAAGGAGCACCCUCCAGUGACAGCUGACCAUAGCCAGCAUGUGAUUGGAUGGACACUCUCAAGGCCUUCUGUAGUUAAGUGUUUAGCUGUUUCAUCAUCUGUGAGCACUGAGGAGAUUUCUCAUGAACACAUCACCAUAGAAGCAGCUGACAGUGGCCGUGGAAGUUGGACUUCAUGUUCAAGUAGUUCCCAUGACAACUUCCAGAAUAUUCAGAACCAGAAGAGCUGGGACCUCUUAAAUUCUUAUCGUCACACCCAUUUGGAUGUCCCCAUUGCUGAAGUGGAACCCACAAACUGUGAACCUUAUUUGUAUUUAGAGGGCUACUCUCAGAGGAACAGUCAGCCUAAAGAUGGCACAGAAUGGGUGCAGUCGAGGCAGAGCUGGGCCUCCUCCAGCUCUCUCUCAGACACAUACGAGACAAACUAUGGGACAGUAAAGAGAAGAGUGGUAGAAGAUUCCACUGCAGAGCCAGAGGAGGCUUUGGACUCUCAUCCCAGCACUGAUGCCACAUAUAAAACAGUUACGUCCAGUACAGAAAAAGGCUUGAUAGUGUACUGUGUCACCUCACCUAAGAAGGACGAUAGGUAUAGGGGGCCACCUCCCACCCCACCAGGAUACAUGGGGAUUUCUUUAGCGGACAUAAAAGAAGGACCACCCCAUCACCCACACGUAAAACCUCCAGACUAUAGUGUGGCAGUACAGAGGUCAAAGAUGGUACAUAGCAACCUCUCUAGACUUUCAUCAGCCUCCCUCGUUAGUGAACCUAUGGCCUGUAUUUCAUCGAAGAUCCUAUCUCAGCCGCAGUGGCAUAGUCUGCAGCCAUCCCAUCCUAAACUAGCCGAUGUGACUGAUGCAGAUAGUGAAGCAGAUGAAAAUGAGCAAGUUUCAGCAGUCUAGCCUUUGGGGAAGUCAUCUCGGAAACAAGUUUGAAUCAAAGUACUUUGGGAAGAAGGACCUUAAGAUUCUGUUAGCCAGUGCUGACAGCUUGCUGCUACUACACUAAGAAAUUUUUAGUGCCUGUGUUAUGACCAGUGAGGUGGACCUGGCUGAAUUGUGCCUCAAUUGCAUGUCGUCUCAGCAGCCUGUGAAGUCCACGCUUCCGUGUGACAGAGCAUCCAGUCUGCAAAACUCACUGACGCUGUACAUUGAUCUAAGUGUUCCAAGUGUCUGUCUACACACUAGGCCUUCAUUGGGAUAAUCAAUUUUGAGAACCACUCAAAGUGUGGAAAAUCAUGUUUAGUAUCAUGUAAUAUUUCUAUGGAUUUCUCUUGAAAAUUAUUUUAAGGUAACAUUAUGGUUUUCCAGCCAAGAAUGUUAAAUUCAUGGACCUGUUGGACAUAUAUUAUUUCCAUGUCCAUAUUUUCAUGCACAAAAUCAAAACUUCUGCCAAAAACCAAGGACUUCGCAGUGGUGUAUGAAUAAUAAUUUAUUAACUAAUUGAGAGUUUGUAGAGUUUUCUUUAUUUGUGUUUGAGUGUUAUGCUCUGGUUGGCUUAUGUGUAUGUUUAGGAGGAAAUUAAAAAUUAGACUCACUUUAACUAUUCUUAGGAUAGCCAAACAAGUGUCCUUUAAAGCAAAGCUUGUGUUCCCCAAGGAAAAAGCCAAGGAGUACAGAUUAUAGCAUGGUUAUAUACGUAACUAAAACUGAGAUAUACUCUGAGUGGAAUGGGAACAUUUUUUUGUUUGUGAAGAUAGAUCAGUGAAAUGUUGCCAUCUGGUAGUCCCAGUUUGAAAAGUUUGGUGAAGCUGUCUUUUUAAAAAAAAGAAUCAAAGUAAGAAUCAAUCAAUAAAUAUUUAUUAAAUGCCUACUACGUGCCAAGCACUGAGCUGGGCCCAGCGGAUACAAAUACAGUGAAUAAAACAAUCACUGACUCUCAAGAAACUUAGUUUCUGAUGGGGGGGGAAUCAUUACCUUGAAGUCUUAGAGAUAACCAAAUUAUUAAAAUGGAGGUGCUCAAAUGCAUGAAACUCAUCUCUGUGACUAAAAUGCUAUAAGCUUAGUUAAAUAGAACUCCACUUUUUCCGAAGGUAAAAAGCAGCCUGGCAAAUAUACUUUAACUGGGAGUAUAAAACAAGUAGGUCAUAGUUUUGAAUUGGGUUUUCAAUUCCAGGUAAUCAUUUUGGGUACCUACAGAGAAGCAGAGGGGUAAUAUUGUCUACUAAGCCAUUCAGUGCUAUAAAAAUAUUUGAAAUGGAAUCGCUGCAUUUUUACCUAUUUCUGAUAAUUUGCAAUUAUCAUUGGGUUUCUUUUUAUUGGUAUGUAUGCGUUUAUGAUAGCAGUCCCACUCUCAGGUGGCCUGUUUUAAAAAUUUAGCCAACCAAAGUAUAUGCUUGUUUAUUUUUUGGUGGGAGAAAGGGGAGACCCAAACACGGGGGUGUUAAAAUGAACAUGCUUGUUCUUUCCCAGUAUAGCACUCAAAGAUCCAUUCCAGUGACUUAAUUGGACAUGAAUGUGUUAACAUAGAUUUGAACAUGUAAUUGUACAUUUCUGUGACCUCAUUUUCAAGGUGGGCUAGGUUUUAAACGUUUUUUACAAGCUGGGUGAAAUGUUUUCUACAUCUUAAGUUAAAAGUUUUUAAAGUUAUUUUAUAUUAUUUCAAUUUUAUAGUGUGCAAGGUAAGUAAAGUAACAUAUUCAGAAAGUUACAUGAGUACCAAAAAAAAAAAAAAACUCCAAAGCCAAUCAUGUGCAUUACCCAAAUAAACUUUGGGCAGAAAUUGGUUCAUAUUUGAGUGUGUGUUGUCAACCGUGUUUUCAUCUGUGACUUCUUGUGUAAAUGUUACUCUCAGUAGGACUGUCUUCCCCCAUUCUAUCCCUUCCUCUCAAAGCCCCAAGUCAGACACAGUUCUAAAUGACAUUUGUCUCUUUCCCUCUGUAGGGCUUACAGUUAAUCUUAAGAAAAGCAAAAAAGACAUCCAUGCCUAAAAAAAUAUUUUGCAGAAUUCAUAGCUGAUACCUGAAGCUCACAUAUUUCUUUCUUAGAGUCAUGAAUUCUGGAUUAGAUUAGCUGCUGCAGUAAGAACUUGACAUAACAGCAUUUUUGCCCUUAUGGGUUAGGAAUAACAUUAAAGUAAUAUGGGAAAUAAAUUACAUGCUUUAAAACAAUAUUAUAGUCAUCCGACUUAUAAAGAAUUAAUAUUUAAUCAGGAAGCUGUAUAUGUACAUUGCCUGAAAAGAGAAAUAUUUUUUUCUUUCACAGACUUCUUUUGCUCCUGGUUUGUGGACCACUUGCUAACAAAAAACAAAGCUGUGUUUUUCCUGCAAGGUCUUGUUUAAUUAGGGUGCAAUAUCCAGUAAGCUGUUUUAUGUCCAUUUCCCAAGUUAGACCUGGGGUUUGUAAAAUUUCUUUUUCUGAUUUAGCAGGCUUUUUCAUGUGAUAGGAAAUCUGAGUAGGCAUUUUACCUGGAUAGAAGGUAUUUUUUUGUAAAUCAAGAUAGUCACAUGAAAGGGACUGGGAAGCAGGUGACUUUUUCUGUGCUUCUGAUUCAGAGUGGCUUGCAGCUCUCUGGCUCAGCCGUGCAUGUUAGGGAUUCCAGUGAUCACAUUGAUCAGGGGUAGCAGGUAACUGUGUUGUAGUUGUGUGUGGGUUUGAGAAGUAAUUACUUCCUUUUUUUUCUGAAUUUGACUUUUAGGUAUUAUUUUAAGUUGGUUUACAGUUUUCCACUUUCUUGGUUCAUCACAAAGCCAUAGUGAGUGAAGCCAGUGACCUUGUAUGUCCCAUAUCCCCUGUCUGGUUUCUUUUGACUUCUUCCAAAUUUCUAACUUCAGCCAAGGGAUGAACAUGCCUCUCCCUUCCCUUCUUACUUCACCAGAGCACUGCUAUUUGGAGGAAGUGCUUUAAAAAUCCCUGAUGUGCCAGAUGGGGCCAAGAAAGCAAUUUAAUUUCAACCAAAUAGUUUCUUAAAAAUAAAAGUUUAAGAAAAAUAAGUAAUUCCAAAGAGCAUCUUAAUUUAAGAUUAAUAUAAUUAGUGUUCAUUUUUCUUCUGCACUUUUACUUUCAGUAAAAGGAGAUGCUCUAUAUUUGGAAAAAUGACUAAUAAAAAUACCCACAAAAUUACCUUUAGCAGAGUGCUAAAUUGCAAAGGAAAUCCAAUAAUAUUCUAAUCCUAAAACUCAGAAUCUUAGAGCAGCAGGACUUGGGGAUGACCCUGCCUGGCUUGUGAACAUGAACCUGAGGACUCCUCGUAGUUACGUAGAUCCCCUUAUGUACAAGAUUGAUUAAGUCCUUGUAAAACAUUUCAUCCCAAAUCAGGAAUGGAGGGAAAGCGUUCUUAUUCCCUUUAUCUUAAAAGCAAUUUGAUUGCAACGGACUGAUAAAAAUUUUGUUGUCCUUUUAAGCUUUAUUGAGCAUUAGAAAUAGUUUGAGAAAUCCAUUAACUUAAACUGAUUGGGAGAAAAGGGAUACUCUGUUUAGAAAAGCUUCCCCAUGUAUUUAAAAAUUAAAACUUGAACACCCAGUUCAGCUUUAGCUUAGGUUGUGCUUUUUGUGGCUUUUAUUUUUGAUACACAUGGAAUGCAGUUUAACUUGGUAUUAUAAAUUCUAAAUAUGUGAGAAUAUUGGCAAAAAAAAACUGCACAGUUGAAAUAAUACUCCAAUAGCAACUGUACUGCACAAUUCAGUGAUUGUAAAGUAUUCUGUAACAAGCAAUGUUUGUCUCCUAUUUUUUGAUACCUCUUACACUUAUGUCUUUUAGAAAGACAGUGCCUCUGUAUGCUUUUUGUAUUUUUACUGAGUGAUUGUAAAUAUUUGUUAUAUUUUUGGUUAAGAGAAUGUUUAAAAGUAAUGUUUAUUAUCCAAUCUACUAAUAUGUUGUUGAAAACAAUAAACAAUAUAUAUACAUUAA